ACAUUACAAUAUCUUGAGAAUGAAAGUAAUAAACCCCUUGAGCAACCAAACACUUAUCACAGAAGUCAUUCUGCUGGGAUUCGGGGAUCACCCUGAACUGCAGAUUUUUUUCUUCCUGCUGUUUCUUGUCAUUUAUGUCAUCACCAUCAUGGGGAAUGUUCUUAUAGUUGUGCUAGUUGUGAGUGACAGGCACCUUCACACUCCCAUGUACUUCUUCCUGGGGAACUUGUCCUGCCUGGAAAUCUGUUACACCACAACCAUCCUUCCCAGAAUGCUAGCAAGUUUCCUGACAGGGAAUAGAGCCAUUUCCUUAUCCGGUUGCCUUAUACAGCUAUAUUCCUUUGGCUUUCUGGUGACUGCAGAAACUUGUCUCUUAUCUGUAAUGUCUUACGAUCGGUAUUUAGCCAUUUGCAAGCCGUUCCAAUAUCAGUUUGUUAUGAAUAGCAAGGUAUGUACCUCUUUAGCCGCUGGUUCUUGGAUAAGUGGCUUUAUUUCAGUCUCGGUAGUGGUUGUAUGGAUGUCACAGUUAACGUACUGUGGCUUCAAUGUCAUUGAUCAUUUCUUCUGUGACACUAUCCCACUAAUCAAGUUGGCUUGUAGUGACACAUCCCUGGUUAUGCAGGUAGCCUUUGUGUUAUGUUCUGUAUUCACUUUUCCUCCAUUUCUGUUGACUGUAACAUCAUACAUUUGCAUCAUAUCAGUCAUCCUGAGAAUCCCCACAACGAAUGGUAGACAAAAGACGUUUUCUACCUGCUCUUCCCACCUUCUUGUAGUCACCAUUUUCUAUGUUACCUUAAUGAUUGUCUAUCUCCUUCCAGAAGAGCCUUCUCUGAGGGGUUCAUCAAAAGUGUUCUCCGUCUUCUAUACUGUCAUGACUCCACUGAUCAAUCCCCUAAUAUACAGUUUAAGAAACAAGGAGGUGAAGGAAGCCCUGAGAAAAUGGGAUCAAAAAUUCUGGUCACCCCUUGGAUUUUAG